CUGCAACCCAAACACUGGCCUCCCCAAUUUUCCCUCCACAUCUCACCAGCAGCUAAAAAAACCAAUAACACAAUAAUGACUGGCCACCCUGCUUUCGACCGGUGCAAGAUCCUGGACAACAUCCUCGACCACAUUGGAGGAACUCCGUGUGUCCGAUUGAACAGAGUCGUCAAAGAUGCUGGCAUAGAGUGUGAAAUUGUUGCUAAGUGUGAGUUCUUCAACGCGGGAGGAUCCGUGAAGGACAGGAUUGCCAAACGCAUGGUUGAGGGUGCGGAGAAGGAUGGCACGCUGAAGCCUGGCUUCACGCUGAUCGAGCCCACUUCCGGAAACACCGGUAUCGGACUCGCCCUUGCCGCGGCUGUCAAAGGUUACCGCGCCAUCAUCACCCUCCCUGAGAAGAUGUCGCAGGAGAAGGUUGACGUGCUCAAGGCUUUGGGCGCUGAGAUCAUUCGUACACCCACCGAGGCUGCGUGGGACGCACCCGAGUCGCACAUUGGUGUCGCUCGCAAAUUGAACAAGGAGAUCAAGGACUCCUUGAUCCCCGACCAAUACGGAAACCCCAACAACCCGCUCGCCCACUACUACGGCACUGCUGAGGAGAUUAUCGCUCAGUGCGAUGGAAAGAUCGACAUGUUUGUUGCUUCUGCUGGAACCGGUGGUACCAUUGCAGGUAUUGCAAAGAAGCUGAAAGAGAAGUUCCCGGGAUGCAAGGUUGUCGGUGUGGACCCCAACGGGUCUAUCCUUGCGCUUCCUGAGACCCUCAACAAGGAAGGUGUUCACGGAUACCAAGUUGAGGGCAUCGGUUACGACUUCGUCCCCGAAGUCCUCGACAGGACGUACGUCGAUGAGUGGAUCAAGACUGACGACAAGGAGAGUUUCCUCAUGGCCCGUCGGUUGAUUCGUGAAGAAGGUCUCCUCUGCGGUGGAUCCUCCGGUGCCGCCGUUGUCGGAGCGCUGAAGGCCGCCAAGUCCCUCAAGCCCGGCCAGCGUUGUGUCGUCCUCCUUGCGGACUCCAUCCGUAACUACAUGACCAAGCACCUAAACGACGACUGGAUGCGCGAGCACGGCUACAUUGACUCGAACACCGUAAAGAAGGAGCAGGAGCGUGUCUCCCAAUGGGCUGGCGCGACCAUCAAGGACCUCAAGCUGCCCACAGCCGUCACCGUUCCAGAAACGACCACCUGCCGCGAAGCGGUAAGCAUCAUGCACAGCAACGGUUUCGACCAGCUCCCCGUCACAUCGUCGCCAUCUGCCGAUCAGCAACCCCACCUUGCCGGCCUUAUCACCCUCGGUAACGUUCUGGCGAAGGUUGCCAGCAACCGGGUAACACUCGACGACCCAGUGGAGAAAGCUAUGUUCCACUUCCAAAACACCAAGAAGUUCACAGAGGUCACCGUGGACACACCACUGGAGUCCCUAUCAAAGUUCUUCGAGAAGCACUCCUCCGCCGUUGUGACGGAACGCGCCGACGGCCUGCCCAACGGUGGUGUAGGACAAGUAGUCAAGCACGUAGUCACCAAGGUGGAUUUGUUGGGAUACCUGCUGCAGUCGGCCAAGGUUGCCAAUUAGAGAGCGUUGAGCGCAUUUAUAAUCAUUUCUGUGCUUAGGAGUUUUUAUCCAUUGGCUAGAGUGUACUUACCGCAGUUUAGUGUCACUUUUUUACGCAAUACACAUUCAUUUUUGUUCAAUACCAAAUGUCAUAUCAGAGACGCACAACGAGAACUUUGAUUUAC